ACUGACUGGCACUGAUAGGUGACACUGAUUGGCAGCACUGAUAGGUGGCACUGAAUGGCAUUGAUAGGUGCCACUGACUGGCAGCUCGGGUGGGCACUGAUAUGUGGCAUUGAUGUGCACUGGUAUGCACUGUUAUGUGACAUUGAUGUGGCACUGAAAGGCACUGGCACGUGGCACUGAUCGCCACUGACAGCUGGCACUGAUGGACUUUGACAGGUGGCACUGCUGGGGCUACACUGAUCAUCAGGGCACACUGGUCAUCAGUGCCCUGAUGAUCACUGUCAGCGUGACAGCUCAAGAGGAG